GUUGUGAGAGAGAGAGAGAGAGAGAGGGAAAUGGGGUUGAGAGGAGGAGGAGGAGCGGUGGCGGGGGCAUUACCGAACCUGAUUCGGAGCCUCCGAAAGGAAGCCCACCCGAAGACCCGAGCCCAACAAUCACUACCGUCUCUCAGGCGGGCCUUCUCCCUGUACGAUCAGAUCAAUCUGAUCGACAACGUUCCGGAUGACCAGCUUCGAUUCCAGGGCUACACCGACACAGGUUUCAAAGUGAAUGGGGUCGACUACGAAGGCAGCUUGCUUUGUAUUGGCAAUAUGCUCAUGUCUUGGGCUCCCAAAAAAUUCUCCGAUAUCACUCCUGACAGCUUAUCAAUGUUCCAACUUAUGCGGCCUAUACCAGAGAUUUUGAUUCUUGGCUGUGGGAGAUACAUUGAACCCGUAGAUCCUGAAGUACGACGCUUCAUCCGGUCUACUGGAAUGAAGUUAGAAGCCGUUGACUCGAGAAACGCCAUAUCAACUUACAACAUACUGAAUGAGGAAGGUAGGAUCGUGGCUGCUGCACUUUUACCUUAUGGAUGCGGAGUUUCUUCAUGAUGCAUUGACUGGGUGCAAGAUGCUUGCUUUUAUGUUGUAACAAUCAUUCUGCAUGAUUACUAGGUACAUUCAACCUCAAGUAAAAUAAUCACGUUCAUCAUGUAACUAGUGACUUCAGAGGCACGACACACCAAUUUUCUUUAUGUAAGGUGGUCUGUCAUUGGUGUAUGCCUUUUGAAUUAGUGCAUUUCUAUAGAUUAAGCUCAUCUUUUUCA